AAAUAAUGUCCGGCCCUUUAGAAAAAAUCGUCCCUGGAACUGGAGGCAUGUCCUUACAUAAUCAACCACCUGAGGUCAAGAAGAAAUCUGGAGCGAUCAGGCAAAUUGAAGAAGAUGAUAAAACCGAUGAUGACAGCAAGGAAUCAUUACUUGAUUAUUUUAUUAUCAAUGCGAAAUCGAGAUGGAAAUCAAUAUUUGAUAUAGUAAUGCUCUUCCUAGUGGCUUAUUCAUGAUUUACUUCAAUAUUCUAUGUGACAUUUGCCCCACCUUCGAAGAUACCCCAUAUUAUAUUCGAUUGGAUGGUAGAAUUUGCCUUUGUUUUGGAUAUGCUGUUCAAUUUCUUUCAAGAGUACAUUGAUACAGAGACCCAUGAGCCUGUCUCCAAGCAUAAAAUGAUCAUUAAGAGAUAUGUAUUCAAGGGCUGGUUCUUUAUAGACUUUGUAUCUGUUUUCCCUUUUGCAAUAUAAUUUUCCAAAAUAGAGCUGCCUUGAUCAAAUUGUUAAGAUUAGUGAGACUUCUGAGGUUGACUAAACUUAUGAAUACUGCGAAGGUGAAUCAACUCUUAAAAUCGUUUACGGAGAGUUCCUCUGGAAGCCAGAGCAUUGUCAUACAGCACAUGAUUUUGUAUUGCUUAAAGAUCUUAAGGCUUGUUCUAGUGGCUAUUGUUAUUACCUAUUUCAUCGGUUGAUUUUGGUUCUUUAUUUCAAGUGAGCUGCAGCCAGGAAGCGAUGAUGAUACUUUUGUGAAGAGCUUUGAACUUAAUGAGGAGGAUUCAUUCAGAAAAUUGAUCGUUUCAUGCUAUUUUGCACUCACGACGCUUUCUACAGUGGGGUAUGGAGAUUACUACCCUAUUAGCAAUGUCGAGAGGGUCAUAGCAUGAAUGAUAAUGCUCCUCGGUGUUGCUUUCUUCUCAUAUAUCAUGGGUAAUUUCAUCGAGAUUAUUUCAAACUAUAAGAAUAAAAUGGGAAUUAUUGAUAGAGGAACAGAUUUACAUAACUGGAUGACAUUAUUAACAAGGUUCACCAACAACAAUCCUUUGCCAAGAAGUUUGUUUAACAAAAUUGACACUCAUUUUGCAUAUUUUUGGGCGAACGAUAGGUUGGUGUCGACUUCACCAGAUGAUGAAUUGCUGAACACGCUUCCAAGAAGUAUCAAAAGAACUAUAAUGACGAAUUACUUGUUCCAGGAUAUCUUUUACAAAUUCAAGGAAUUCUUUAAUACAUAUGAAAACAUUGAGAGUAAAUUCUUGUAUGAUGUCUCUUUUGGUUUUAUGCCUCGAAAAUUUGAUGAGAAUGAGCUCAUUUAUGACGAAGAAUCUGAAGUCCCUGAAGUCUAUUUCAUCAUGGAAGGUACUGUCGGAGUAGGGUUCAGACUCCCAGGCAAUAAUGUCAGGGACUUUAAAAUCAUCAAAUAUUUCCGUGAGGACUCAUUUUUCUGAGAUUUUUACGUUUUAACAGACAGGAAGAGUGAGUUUGUGUACCAAGCUGUUAAGGAAACUAAGACUUAUGCCUUGGAAAAGAGUUUCCUAGAUGAUAUUUUCCAAAAAUAUCCUCAGAUCGCUUAUAAUAUCAGACAAGAUUCUGAAAAACGGUAUAAGAAAGAGAUCAUGAAGCCUCUUCAUAAUAAGAGAAUGAAAGAUUUAGAGGAUUAUAAUGAAAAAUAGCGCUUACAAGUCCAUCCAGAUCACUAAUAAAGACAAGCUGUUUGAGAAGAAUAAGAAGCUCUUAUCCCUGGAGAAGCUCGACCAGAAAUACACCUCUUCCAUCCUCAAAAUCAGUGAUCUCCAAGACUGGUUUCUAAAGGAAGUAGGCAAGAUGGAUACUGAAAUUAAGGAAAUUAAGGAAGAGACUGAUAGGUUUAGGGAAGAGAGUAAGAAAGAGAUGGAAAUGAUGGCUGAAGAGUUGGAGAAAGCUAAAGAGAGGGCGAGGAUAGGGAAGAAUGGAUAGUAAGGGGAUUUAAUUGAAGGAGAUAUUUCAGUAG